AUGACUGAAGGCAGACUGUGCCAAGUGCAGCUGCUGGACGACAGGAAGCUGGAGCUGCUGGUUCAGCCAAAGCUUCUGUCAUACGAACUCCUCGAUUUGGUCUCCUCUCAUUUCAACCUCAAAGAGAAGGAAUUCUUUGGUCUGGCAUAUUCUGAUGAUCAUGGCCAGCGCAAAUGGUUACAAAUGGACCGCAGAGUUCUUGAUCAUGACUUUGCAAAGAAGACGGUGCCUAUUCCCUUAAGUUUCCUGGUGAGGUUUUAUGUGGAAAGCAUAACCCAACUUAAGGACAUCAUAACUGUGGAACUGUUCUAUCUGAAUGCUAAAUCUGCUGUGUACAAUGGUCUUAUUGAAGUGGAAAGUGAGAACGUCUUCAAGCUGGCUGCCAGUGCUCUGCAGGAGGCCAAAGGAGACUACAGCAGCGAUGAAAACACAAGAAGUGAGUUGAAAAAAUUGCCUACUCUACCUACCAAAGUACUGAAGGAACACCCAUCCCUAGCAUACUGUGAAGAUCGAGUUAUUGAGCACUAUAAACAGCUCAAGGGAGUCUCGAGAGGGCAGGCUAUUGUGCAGUAUUUGACAUUGGUUGAAUCACUGCCAACAUAUGGAGUGCACUACUAUGAAGUUAAGGAUAAGCAGGGGAUCCCGUGGUGGCUGGGAAUCAGUUAUAAAGGCAUUGGCCAGUACGAUCAGCAGGACAGGCUCAAACCACGAAAGCUGUACCAAUGGAAGCAACUUGAGAACCUGUAUUUCCGUGAGAAGAAGUUUGCCAUAGAAGUGAAUGAUCCACAUAGAAGAGCGGUUACAAAGCGCACUUUUGGACAGACAGGCCUCCUCAUCCACACAUGGUACGCUAGCCACUCUCUCAUCAAAACCAUCUGGGUAAUGGCCAUUAGUCAGCAUCAGUUUUACCUGGACAGAAAGCAAACCAAAGCUAAGUUAGGGACAACAAGAAGUUUUGAAGAAAUUGCAAUGGAUCUUACAGAACAAGGAGGAGCAAAAAUAACCAAACUUGGAGAAACAGGCAUUAAAAAUGACUUGAUCACUGCCAGCAAUGGAAGCUUGGUGUCUACAGAAUCAGGAGACUCAGAGAUGAGUGAAGAACAGAAAAAGGAGAAGCUGUGUGAGCUAAGAAAAAAAGAGCAGGAGAUUCAGGACAUUCUGAACAAGAAGACGAAGGAGCUGAAAAAGAUCUGUCUGCGAGAGGCGGAGCUGACAGGCAAACUGCCAAAAGAGUAUCCACUGAGCUCUGGAGAAAGACCCCCUCAUGUCCGGCGGCGAGUUGGCACAGCAUUCAAGUUAGAUGACCUUUUCCCCUACAAUGAGGACCCUAUCCUCAGAAACCUCGAGAGCAGGUUUGCCCUGCAGCAGAAGAUUGUGGAGGCAGCUAAAAAACUGGCAAAUGAACCAGAGAUAUGUAAAACUGUGAAGAAGAAGCGGAGAAGGAACUGUCUGGAUGCUAUGCACAAACUGCAGCAGAUCGAGGAUGAGAUGAACCAGUACAGAGUGAAGAAAGGGAAGAAGCCCACGCAGCGCGCCUCUGUCAUCAUCGCAGAUGCACUUCCCCGCUCAGACUGCGGCUCAAUGUCCAGCCUCCCUCAGGACGACGAGGACUCAGACUCAUGUCAGAGGCCACGCUCCUGCUCUGUACAAAGCACCCCUCAGCUCAGCCCCAUGAGGUCCCUGGGAGCCGACUAUGAAACCGACAGGCAGGGGUCAAACAGGGAGAAUCAGCACAGCAAGAAUCAUAAUAGAUUAGCUCCUGAGAGCAUGGAGGUGCCUAACUACUACCAGAAACCCAGACAGGUGUCCUCUGCCAACAAUAGCCCUUAUAAAAGCCUCCCCCGAGCUCCUCGAGAUGCAUGCAGCAUGCCGCCCACCCCCAUAAUGACCCGCAACGCCUACAGCAGCAGCCAGCUCAGGUCUGAAGGCUCUCCACAUUGCUUUAGGCAUCGCAGUGGCAGUCUGGAGUCACAGCCACAUCUGAGGAAACAUAAAGACUCUGAAAAACCCAUCUUUAUCUUGUCACCAGCCCAUCGCAGUAACAGCUCCGAGCCAUUAGAGGACUGCUCCUCCUACACAAGUCAGUCUAGCCUGGAGUUAUGUGGGGCCACAAACUCCCACUAUAGUACUCUGGACUCUCGAAGCUCCACCAUGCAUCGCCUACACAGGAAGCUGGAUGUGUAUGGAAACACAGGGAGCAUGCCCAACCUGGUGCCUCACAACUCCAGCAGUUACACAUGUGAAACCCCUGCACACUAUGCACCCAGUACCUACUAUGGUUCAGGCUAUUCGGACAUGGAGCCUUAUGCUAAUGGUGCCUAUGUGUAUGAGAGUGAGGUGGAGGGCCACUACAACCUGCACCCUUCAUACCAAAUGAAUGGGUACAACGGACACGACAGAUACAAGCAUUACAAUGACAGAGCAGACAGCCUGGCUCAGAAUCCUUAUGCCACUAUGAGGCCCCCCCGAAGCAGGGAAGGACCCAGGACUGAGGGGCUAGCUAAAAACAUGCAGAAGGCCCUAGUGGCAGAGCACCUGCGUGGCUGGUACCACCGCAGCAGAGUGCCACCUGGAGGAGGCAGAGGGAUGCUCAUGGGGUAUGACUUUGACCCAGGAUCACAGCUCAGCUUGGGCUACCAGACUAUGCCUGCAGCCAUCAGUCAUUCCAGCAGAACCACCUCUUUCUCUUCUGUGUCGUCAGUUGAGAGUGUGGGUAACUGGCGUAACCAGCUGGCAGUGGGCUUGACAGACUGUGACGUGCCCGACUGUCCCCUGUACCUCCAUGGAGCAUGUGUGUCUCCAUACAACCGCAGCCCCUCUCACACCAGAUAUUACCUGGAUCGUGGCUACAUGGGCAUACUCCACUGAAGAGGACCAAACCACACUUGUAUUCAAACAAAGCCAUCACUGGAAGCAGCACAUCAAGAAUAUGACCGUUGUAAACAUCCUUUAGUAUGGCUGCGGUGCACACAGGUUGUCCAGGUUGGGGCAGAUAAACUGGGACACUCUUGAAUGACUUUUCCUGUGCCUUGGAUGGGGUGGAUUGUAGGCAGAAUGUUGCACAACCUCACAGGAUCCAAAUGUCUACGGACAGUUUCAUCGCAUUCAUUUUCUAAGUGUCUUUUAACAGGAACAAACUACUGCCUUAUGUAGACAAUAGAAUGAAAGACUAUGGUCCAAUAGAAUAGACAGUGUGGUAAUAUUUCUUCUUUUCACUGUUCAAAUCACAAUGUUUAUAGAAGCAUUUGUCUGGUGCCGUAUUGUGUUCUCAAAUGCAUGGUUAGAAACUGGAUUUUGAUAACGAAUUUUGUCUUUUUUAUAUUUUAUCAAACCACCACUGCCGUAAUUUAAGAAAAGAAAAUUGUUGUUUUUCUCACAGUCUGUGUAUAUAGCUUAAUAAUAAUGUUAGGUGUCAUUCAACAUUUUCCACCAGGAUGUGAAUAAAUUUAUGUGUGUAAGUUA